UCCCUUUUUCCUUCUAAAUACUUUUUAGAAAGAAAAACAAAUGGAAGCAAGAUACUUCAUUGUUUUUUAUUUACUCAUGUUACUUGCUUUAUCUUCGGCCUUUGCAUUCCCGAGCAAGAAACAGUAUAAACCAUGCAAGCAUUUAGUCUUAUACUUCCAUGACAUCAUUUACAAUGGCAAAAAUGCUGGUAAUGCAACAUCUGCCAUUGUAGCAGCUCCUGAUGGAGCUAACUUAACCAUCUUAGCAGGCCAAUUCCAUUUUGGGAACAUAGCAGUUUUUGACGAUCCCAUUACCCUUGACAACAAUCUCCACUCGAAACCUGUUGGCAGGGCACAAGGCCUUUACAUUUACGAUACAAAAAACACCUUCACUUCUUGGUUAGGCUUCACAUUUGUUCUUAAUAGCACAGACCACCAAGGUACUAUAAAUUUCUCUGGAGCUGAUCCAAUCAUGGUGAAGUCUAGGGACAUAUCAAUCGUGGGUGGGACUGGAGAUUUUUUCAUGCACCGUGGAAUUGCAACUAUAAUGACUGAUGCAUUUGAAGGAGAAGUAUAUUUCAGGCUCCGUGUCGACAUCAAGUUCUAUGAAUGCUGGUAAUCCCUUUUUACUUUGAGGUGAGAAUAAGCUUCAGAUUUCUACCAAAAAAAGAAAAGAAAAUAAGCUCCAGAUGACACUGUGACAUUGUAAUACCUAUUAUUUAGCUGUAUUCUUAUGGAAGGAUAUGGUUGUAAUUCAUAUGCAAAGUUUCUUGUUUCCUAUGAAUUGAGUAUUCAGUUAUUGCCU